AUGCGUGCCUCUCUCCAGUCCGGCCUGCUGUUCGCCUCGCUCUCCGCGCCAUUCGUGGAUGCCGAGCGAGUGCUAGGUGCAUACAUCUACUCGCGCCAUGGUGAUCGUACCCCCAAGGUUUUCGGUAACACCGCAUUGACCGUCCUCGGCUACCGUGAGGUCUUCAAUUCCGGUUCCUACUACAAUGGCCGGUACAUUGCCGAAGACGACUCGGCCUUUCACAUCCAGGGUAUCAGCAACUCCACCGUUCAGGCUAAGCAGAUCAGUGUCACCGCACCAGAUGAUUCGGUGCUGCAGAACUCGGCCACUGGCUUUAUGCAGGGUGUCUACCCUCCCACCAGCCAGAACGUUGACACCCUGAGCAAUAAGACCAAGCAAGAGGCCCCGCUAGGUGGCUAUCAAAUCGUCACUGUCGGCACUACCGAUACCAACGUCGACAGUGAGAGUUCCACUUGGUUGCAGGGCUCGAGUGGCUGCUCCAAGGCCACUGUCAGCAGCAGCUCCUACUAUACUUCCAAGGAAUACUUCGACUUGGAGGCCUCCACCAAGGACUUCUACCAGUCGCUUGCCCCCGUACUUAAGGGUGCCUUCGCCGAGAAGGACAUGACCUUCAAGAAUGCCUACACCAUCUUCGAUUACUUGAACGUUGGCCGCAUUCACAACGAGACCAAGCCCAACGUGACUGAUGCUCAGUGGAUUCAGCUGCAGUCCCUGGCCAACAACCAGCAGUUCAACCUUGCCUACAACUCCUCCGAGACCGAUGGCGUCCGUGCCAUCGACGGCAAGGUUCUCGCUGGCGAGAUUCUUUCCAGCCUGAACGAUACCGUUACUGGCGACGGCAAGUUCAAGCUGGGCGUCCAGUUUGGCUCGUACGGCACUUUCUUCUCUUUCUUCGGCAUCAUGCAAAUGCCUGCUGCGUCCGUCGACUUUACUGGCGUGGUUGAUUAUGCCUCGACCUUUGCCAUCGAGCUGGUGACCGACGAGGCUGGCCCCGAUUUCCCUUCUUCGGACAAGAUCAACGAAAAUGAGAAGGUCAUCUCUUGGUCCAAAUUCGUCUCCAAGACCAAGGAGGUCGCCGUCACCACGGACACCGAGUGGUGCGAUGUCUGCGGUAACACCGACGGCAAGUGCGCUACUUCCGACAGCACUGACUCAACCUCCGCCAGCUCCAGCAGCUCCGGCGGUUCAAGCGGUGGUGUCUCUCGCCCUGUUGCCGGUGUCAUUGGUGCUAUGGUCACUUUGGCCGUGAUCCUGGGUCUGGGUGCUCUGUUCUUCCUGGUUGGCGGAUUCACCGUUGCUAAGCGUCGUAGGGGUGGUCCCGAGAUGAGCAACGCUACUACCGUGACUGGUGACAAGAAGGCGUAA